AUGUUGUCUACGAUUUGUUUCUCUGUUUACGGUUGGUAUAAAAAAAGCUAAAUUUAACCCUAAGCUGUUAUCACUACUCAACCACCAUUAAAUUGUCAUUGUCAACUAUUAGUUUAUUAAGUGUCACCUAAAAUGUCGAACGAAAAGUAGGUAGGUAACCUACAAAAAUAAUUUUUGCACAAAUGUUAAGAAAAUUAUCAUGGGCUUGAUAACGAAACCUUUACGCUACUUAUUAUAUUCAAAAUGCUGUAAAUGCUUUUUACAAUCAUCUAUUCAAAAAGUUACUACUAAAAAGUUCCACAGUACUGCUGAUGUCUAUGCCAAAACGUUUAUUGAGCAUGAAAAUAAAUAUGCUUGUAACGUUAUGCAAAAUAAUGGGUUCCCAAUAGUUUUAGCUAAUAUUGACCAAAAAAAAACUCAAACAUUAUCAGAAGAACAAUUUAGAAAAAUACUGGAGAGCAACUGGUUAAAAGAAACUCCGCAAACAAUUUUUAAAUUGCUCUCAACCUUAGGUGAAUAUAGCUCUCAACAUGAUAUUUGUAUAUCUAGUAAAAAGUUUGAUAAUUAUAUAGAUGCAUUAACAGACAAUAUACAAGUAGCUACAGAUGAGGAAUUGAAAUCAAUAUUUUAUGGUCUUACAAAAUGGCCUGAAACCGAGUCAAUAAGAACUAGAAAUUAUAUUGAGGUUUGGACUGCUCUUGAUGAUGAAUGUUUUAAAAGACUUAAAAAUUGGUCAUUUGAUGAAAUGUUAUCAUUUAUUUCUUUAUUUUAUAUGCUUAAUGUGACCAAACUAAGUUCAUUUUCAUCUAGGUGUCUAUUAAAAUUUGCUAGUAAAGCAAAGCAAUUGACGAAAACCCAACUUGUUCAAGCUUUAUUUUUUAUUGGAAUUAUGAGAAAAUCUCCACCUGAAACAUAUAACCUGGAACUUCAGGUAGAAAGUAAUUUUUCGCAGUUCAAUGUUGAUGAGCUAGCAAUAAUUGCAAUGGGCCUGUUUAAAAGUAAAACUCCAAUAAGGAGCAUGACAUUAAUUUCAAAAUAUAUUGACAAAAUUAUUGAAAACUCUUCUCACAUACAUGAAGUUUCACUUGCAUCAUUAUUAAAGAUUAUAAGGUAUUCUAUAAAAAAAAAUGAGAGCAAUAAGAUGUAUGACCUUCUUGAAACCCUGCAACAUGAGACUUCUAGACUGUCUAUUAUGUGCAAUGUUCAAAUUGCAUUAGUAGGAAGUUCAACCUUAACAUUACAUAAGAGUUGUCUUACAAAAAUUGCAGAAGCUGCUAUAAUUUCAAUAAAUACUGCAAGAUUAAAGGAUCUUGAAAGAUUAAUGCUGACCUAUGGGAUUUUUAAUUUUAAACCAGAAACAGAAAUUUGCCUUUUUUCGAAGGUACUAAAUGAGUUGAGAAAUCCAGAACGUGUGGAAGAAAUCAAAGGACAUGGUAGAUCAUUUUCUUGUUGUGUUGCAUAUCUCUGCCUACUUAAUAUCCACGCAUUUGAUUUAAUGAAUAAAAUUUUAAGUCCAGACUUUUUAGAAAAUACUUAUGGGAAACAUUGUUAUCAAUAUGGAAGAGAAAUUUUAACAAUUCACAAUACAGCAAAAAUAUUUGGAAAGACUGAUAACCUUCUUAAGGAUAAUCAAGUGAUCCUUUUAUCAAAAAAAUAUACAGAUUAUAUACCAAAUGAAGACUAUGUGAAACAAUAUAAUGUAUCAGAGAAGAUGUUUUUAGACAUUGUAAAACUUUUAUGGGAUAUGCGUGGUGGUAAAAACUUUGCAACUGGUCAUCAUAUUCUUACCCAUCAUCAAAGAGGAGAUAUUAUCAUUUGUGAUAGUAGUGAAGGUCUACCAUUACCAGUUGACAAAGUUUUUACAGAAACAAAGUUUGGUUUUAUUGUUGAACCCCCUGACAAUAAUAUUUGGAUAUGUUUAAUAAUUGCUGGAAAAAACACCAUAAUUCAAAAUACGAAUUCUCCAACUGGCCAUUUUUACACUAAAAUGAAAGAACUAAAUGCACUGGGAUAUCGUGCAGCUUUAGUGAGCUGGAAUAUUUAUAAUAAAUUAGAAAAAAAGGAUGACAAAAUGGAAUAUCUAAACACACUAAUCAAAGAAGCUGUAAAUAGUAAAUUAUGAAUAGAGAAAUAUAUGUAGAUACCUAUGUAUUAAGAAAAAUGUAUAAAGAAAAACUUUGUUUUAUUUAAAAGAGAAUAUUUAAUUAAUUUUUAAAUAUUUUU